GCCAGCAACGAGACGCUGGUCCGAAUGCAUACAAAAGGCCUGCCUGGUAAUCCUGCACAUCUUCUACAAUGCCCCACAGCCGUCAGAUCUGCGCUCCCGGACGACAGAUGCGUCGUUGCAGUCACGUUCGGAGACCCAUUGCCGUUCCUGGUCGAUAUGCUUGCUCACUUCCGCACUUGCGCUCGGGACACCGCCUCGUUAUCCUUUAGCUCCUUGAGUGAUGAAGGUCUUCUCCUUGGGUUUGGCCAUCUGCGCGGCGCUGGCCGUCACCACGGCGUCCGUGGAAGCCAAGGGCACGAUCUGCGAAACCGGAUCAGGCUUUGCGGAUACCGGAGACAGCUACACCCCCGCGGCCACCACGGCCACAGUCUCCAGCUCAUCAGGUAGUGAUGCUACACAAGUGGCUGCCUCCAGUUCCACCGCUGGCAGCAGCGUUGAUCAGACUACCGGUUCCAGCUCGACUACCAGCGGUAGCGAUGCCCCGGUUUCCAGCUCGACUGGCAGCGACGUUGCAGGUAGUGACGCUACCCAGCAGACCGACUACAGCUCGACCACGGGCAGCGACGCCACUCAAGUUGCUGGUAGUGGUGCUACUCAACAGACCGAUUCUGGCUUAGCUACAGGCAGCGCUUCAACCGCAUCCGCUACGUCCAGUCCUGCAAGCAACGAUGGUAACCAGGUCGCUGCGUCAGACUCGACCGCUGGUAGUGAUGCUACUCAAGUGACGUCCUCUGGAUCGAACUACAGCGACAACACUCCGAGUACCAGCGCGACGGGAAGCGAUAGCACCACUGCCAGUCAAUAUAACGGCGAUUCGACGACGCAGGGCAGUGAUGCGAUGAGUGAUACCACCGCCACUCCGGCUAAGGGCUCCGAUACUAAGGAUACCACUUCGACGGGUAGUGAUGUUAGCCAGAAUGGUAGUGAUACUACCCCGAUCCAGGGGGAUACACCCACAGUCUCCAGCUCUAACAGCAAGGGAGAUUCAUCCGCUGUGGACGCAGACAAGUCGGCUUCCUCGUCUCCGAGAGAUACUGCGGUUCAGAACGGCUCCAAACCCGCUGGCAGCGGCAGUCGGACGCUGCAGGUUGACGUUGGCAGCAUCGAAGAAGAAGACGACGCGACAGACAGUGAUGACAGCAACCAGUACGAUUCUCCUCAAUCGUCGGACUCAACCUCUGGACAGGCUUCGACUUCAGGUUCCUCCGAAGACUCUCCGAUCCAGCAGACAACGAUUUCAGGGACCUCCGGUGGCUCGAAUCCGGUUCAGCAGACGACAAUUUCAGCUUCUGGCUCGGAGGAUAGCUCGUUCUCAGCCCAGAGCUCUGCGUCAGCUUCAUCGACUUCUUCCACUUCCGCAUACUCGUCGACGCCAGGCUCUAAUUCGGUCGCGUCUGCAUCGGAUUCUGCUUCAAAUUCGCAGGCAUCGUCAACGGAAGCCUCCGAUUCGGCCGCGUCGGCGGCCGCUUCUGCCUCCUCUUCCUCCAGUUCCUCGUCUUUCACGAAGGUUACGCGGUUGGGCGUGCGUGUGCAAGGUGACAUGCCCGAGUGGAACGCCAAGCACAAGCGCUUUGUAUCGUCCUACUACGAGACGUUCGACCAAAAGUACCGUGCCGUACUAGACACUGUCAACAUGGCGUCUGUGGAGGGCGCUCUUAAAUACGUUCAGGCCGAAUGCAUCAACGCGUCGGUGAUCACUGAUUGCGAGCGCAAGAACAGCAUCAAGUACGUUGUGUUCUACCAAACCACAAUCGUGCAGCCUACCGCCGCUAUGGAAUACUACGUGAACGCCACGGACGAGCACAACUUCGCAGUCGAGAGCUGUCCGUUCAUGUCUAUGGACGGCGGUCGGUGCAAUCCCAACGAGGACGGAGUUUUCCCUGACGUGUGCAAUCAGUACAUCGGGGCUGGCGGCCAACCCGAUCUGGGCUUCUGUGUCGGUGGUACGCUACAGGACAACGAGGCUAUCGCGCCGUACCCGCACAACUACUGGUUCUCCUUCCCAAAUAGCUGCCCGCAGGAACUCUGGGACGACAAGACUGAUACUUGUCGCGAAAAAUACGCCGGUGGUAUGUGUCCUGUUGGAGUGGAACCCGAUGGAGUGACCUGUACCUUUACGUACGAAAUCCUGGGCUACAUCCUGCUGGACGAUGUCGUGGGUAUCACGUCAAUGGUUAACCCGGCCACAGGCAACAAGUACGCCGACUACAAGGAGUUCUGCGAGGCUGGCGGCGUGGAGUUCAGCGUGUCUAUCGUGAGUGGCGUGCUGUCUCUGUUGACUGGACUCUUGUCCACCGUCGUGGACUUAGUCGAAGGUCUCGAGUUCUGGGCCAAUCCUGGUGAUAGCGACGCCAACGCCGAGCGUGUCGAGAAGCUCGUGUCUGCUUAUGGCGCGCUGGUGUCGUCUAAUCCAGCAACGAGUGACGGUGGCGUCAUGCGUGCGCUACCCACGGAGGACGAGCUGGCGGCGCUGAAUCCGUCGUGCUACGAGAACAGUCCGCUCUGUGCCGAGUCCGAGUUCGGCUGCAAGCGCUCGUACCUUUCGCAGAUCUGCCAGCUCUGCACGUCAGACGACUCGGGCUGCGAGAAGCCAUAGAUCAAUGUAGAAACUAAUUUGUAAUUGAAUGGCCAGUGGUCUAGUCAUGGUGAUGUUAUGCAAGUUGAAGUUGACCUAUGUAACAGCAUGUAACAGGUUACAUAUACUUUUGACCAG